AUGUCGUCGCCAAAUAAUACUUCGACGUCUUCUCGAGAGAAUGGCGCUGGCGGUGCUGACGAGAAGCCUCGUCUGACCGAGGAGGAGAAGAAGCAGAAUCACAUUGCUUCAGAACAAAAGCGCAGACAGGCCAUUCGCGAAGGCUUCGACCGUCUAACCGAGCUGGUCCCUGGCCUGGAAGGACAAGGUCGAUCCGAGGGACUUGUGCUCAAGCGGACAGUCGAAUACAUGCGCCAACAGAUGCAAGAACGUCGCGCACUUAUUGAGCGCAUUGAGCAAUCAGGCGGUCAAGUUGACGAGGACCUCAAAAAGUAA